AUGCCUAUCACGAUCUCAACCUUCCUCAAGCCCUGGUACCGCAUCCUCGACCUCGCUCGCCAAACCCCACUAUCCUGGCACCUCUCCCGCCUCGAGGAAGAAAAGGCGGAACUCACCGAACCCAAAUCCGCCCUCGAGAAACUGAGCGAGGAAUCAGAUGUAUUCUUCACCAUCGGCCGAGCCACCCACGAUGGCUACACCAUCGAUGAGCAGCCACCUUUCACCAAGUCUCUACACCAUGCUCUAGUGUAUGCAUAUAUGUUCUGGAAGUACAGUUCGAGAUGUGUGUUCUAUCAAACUGCUGCAAUACUCUGUCGGGCGGAGAAAUGGAGUGUGAGAGAGGUAGUUAAUCCGGCUAGGGAUGGAAAGAUCCGGGUUGUGGCGGAGAGACAUGGAAUUUGUCCGGAGGAGUUCUUGAAGGUGUGUAGACGGCUCCGCUGGGUUUGGCCUUUACUUCCUUAG